UUUCAAAAUUCAAAAGCAUUAAAAUUAUAUAAAAUUAAUAAUAAAGAAAAGAACGGAAAAAGGGGCACGAGAUCGCCGCCGCCCUGUUUCUCCCCGGCCCUUUAUCGCCGAUAACUCUUCCGCGCAAACGCCCGUGCGGGCCCCACAUGCCCCCCCACUAGGACUGCGAUAUAUCAUAUCAUGUACAGACGUUACACGGAAGAGUUCCGCGCACUCUCCUCGGAGCUGGCGAAGGAGCUCGAGAGUAAAGAAAGGGAGGGGGAAGAAGCAGCGACGCACAGACGCACAGUAUGAGUAUGCUCUCUUCGACGUCCUCGUCUGUGAGUUUCCUCCUCUUCUGUAUCCUCGUUUUGCUCGUCGAGGGCUCUCUCGGAGGAGAUCCCUACGCCUACUUCGAAUGGGAGGUCUCCUACGUCUCCGCCUCUCCUCUCGGAGUUAAGCAGGAGGUCAUUGCCAUCAAUGGGCAGUAUCCAGGACCGAUUGUGAGUGUCACAACAAACUGGAAUGUUGUUGUAAAUAUCAAAAACAACUUAGAUGAGCCUUUUCUUGUCACCUGGAAUGGGUUGCAACAAAGAAAGAACUCUUGGCAGGAUGGUGUUUUGGGAACAAAUUGCCCCAUCCCUUCUGGUUGGAAUUGGACAUAUGAGUUCCAGGUCAAAGAUCAGAUUGGGAGCUUCUUUUAUUUCCCUUCUAUCAAUUUUCAGAGAGCUGCGGGUGGUUAUGGUGGAAUUAUUAUAAACAACAGAGAUGUGAUUCCCUUACCCUUUGGGACACCUGAUGGCGAUAUCACAAUCUUUAUCAGCGAUUGGUACAGUAAAGACUACAAGAACCUAAGGAAAAUCCUUGACGAUGGGAAUGAUCUUGGCAUUCCUGAUGGCGUCCUUAUAAAUGGGUUUGGUCCAUAUCGUUACAAUGAUUCGGUUGUUCAAGAUGGCAUCAGUUUUGAGAGAAUAAAUGUUGAUCCAGGAAAGACAUACCGGAUCAGAGUCCACAAUGUGGGCAUCUCAACCAGUCUAAAUUUCAGAAUCCAAAAUCACAACCUGCUCCUUGUGGAGACGGAAGGGUCGUACACUGUUCAACAGAACUAUACUAACAUGGAUAUCCAUGUGGGUCAAUCGUUCUCUUUCUUGGUCACGAUGGAUCAAAAUGCUAGCAAUGAUUACUACAUAGUGGCAAGUGCCCGAUUUGUUGAUGCAAGCACCCGAGACAAACUGACUGGGGUUGGUAUUUUACACUACUCUAAUUCCAUUAGUCCUGCUUCAGGUCCACUUCCUGAUGGACCGAACGAGGGUGAUACCUACUUCUCAAUGAAUCAAGCAAGGUCUAUCAGAUGGAAUGUCUCAGCGAGUGCUGCACGACCCAAUCCACAGGGAUCAUUUCGGUAUGGUCAGAUCACUGUCACUGAUGUGUAUGCACUACUGAAUAGGCCUCCUGAGCUUAUAAAUGGGCAGUUACGAACUACUUUGAAUGGUAUUUCCUAUAUUGCCCCUCAGACACCCUUAAAGCUUGCACAGCUAUUUAAUGUGCCUGGAGUGUAUAAGUUGGAUUUCCCAAACCAUAUGAUGAAUAGACCUGCAAAAGUUGACACAUCCAUUAUAAAUGGCACUUACAAGGGUUUUAUGGAAAUUAUAUUCCAGAACAAUGGGAGUACUAUUCAAAGCUACCACUUGGAUGGCUACGCCUUCUUUGUUGUGGGAAUGGAUUUUGGAACCUGGACGGAGAAUAGCCGAGGUACAUACAACAAAUGGGAUGGGGUUGCUCGAAGCACAGUGCAGGUAUUUCCCGGAGCAUGGACCGCCAUUCUAGUGUAUCUUGACAAUGUGGGGAUAUGGAAUUUAAGAGCCGAGAAUCUCAACACUUGGUACCUGGGACAGGAAGUAUAUAUAAGUGUGGUCAACCCGGAGAUUAGCAAUAAGACUGAGCUUCCUUUGCCCGACAAUGCUAUCUUCUGCGGUGCGCUCUCAAGUUUACAGAAAAAAACAAUAUCGGGGGAAAAAAAAAAUGACAUUGAAGUUGGUUCCAUUUCUGUCAAGAGGUUCAUAAAGAUGAGAUUAUCAUCAAGUCUCUUCAUCUCUCCCUCACUGAAUUCUUAACAGGCGAAAAUGCACCUGAUGAGGUUGUAUACGGCAAUAUACUGUAGGGGGCCGGUCGAAGAUACACAGAAUAGAUUUAACAUAUAACUUUUGUUGUAUAGUUCUAAAUUAAGAACUUUGUCUAGGCCUUGCUCUGCAUUCACUCUUGUUCGACUGUAUCUCGGAAUUUGGUACUGAUGGGAGUAAUCUCAUCAGGUCAUUUCCUGUACGAUUUGCAUUAUCUAAUAUUUUUGGUGUGGGUGCAUAGGUUAUUUGUUAAUUGAGAGCAAA